UGGUCCAAAAUGCCACGCCCAUGUACACGUUCCAGUCGCCCAUUUCCGGUUGCUUGAAACCAGACAAUUCACUGUCAUGUCUCUCUGCAAAGUUUCCUGGACUUUGUUGAACCCUCUCCGGGGGGUUCUGCGGCCCUCGGCGUCGGCUGGAAGUCGGACCUACGCGGCUGUAGCAGAAGCCAGGGCGGUGUUAAACGGCGAGCUCGAGUCUAUUCGAGCAGCGGGGACUUGGAAAGCCGAGAGGAUCAUCACGUCCAAGCAGGGGCCGCACAUCAACGUGGACGGAAGCCGCGGCAGCAUUUUGAACUUCUGUGCCAACAACUACCUCGGACUAUCCAGCCACCCGGAGGUGGUGCAAGCAGGGAUUGACGCGCUGAAAACGUACGGCGCAGGGUUGAGCUCGGUCAGAUUUAUCUGCGGCACUCAGGAUUUGCACAAAAACCUGGAGCAGAAGUUGGCAGAGUUUCACGAGAGGGAAGACUGCAUCCUUUAUGCCAGUUGUUUUGACGCCAAUGCAGGACUGUUUGAGGUUAUCCUGGGACCAGACGAUGCAGUGUUGUCGGAUGAGCUUAACCACGCCUCCAUUAUUGAUGGUAUCCGUCUGUGUCGGGCGAAGAGGCUGCGCUACAAACACAUGGACCUCGAGGAUUUGGAGAACAAGCUCAAGGAGUCUCAGUCAAGUCGUAUGCGGCUGGUGGUGACCGACGGCGUCUUCUCGAUGGAUGGCGACGUGGCUCCAUUAACAGGAAUCUGCGAUCUGGCUGAGCAGUAUGGAGCCAUGGUGUUCAUCGAUGAAUGCCACGCCACCGGUUUCCUUGGGCCCCGGGGCAGAGGAACCGAUGAGCUGCUGGGAGUGAUGGACCGAGUUCAUAUUGUAAACUCCACUCUGGGAAAAGCACUGGGAGGUGCAGCUGGUGGCUACACAGUGGGGCCAAAGCCCCUCAUUGACUUGCUGAGGCAGCGCUCUCGGCCGUACCUCUUCUCCAACUCCCUCCCCCCUCCUGUGGUGGGCUGCGCCACCCGGGCUGUUGAGCUGCUGCUCGCCUCCAACGAGAUUGCCCAGAGCAUGUCGGCCAAAACCAUGAGGUUCCGGAACAAGAUGACGCAGGCCGGCUUCACCAUCUCGGGCUCCGCUCACCCGAUCUGUCCCGUAAUGCUGGGUGAUGCACGACUCGCUUCUCUAAUGGCAGACGAUAUGUUGAAGCUAGGAGUGUACGUGAUUGGAUUUUCCUUCCCCGUCGUACCAAAAGGAAAAGCCAGAAUCCGUGUUCAGAUUUCAGCGGCGCACACGGACGAAGACAUCGACCACUGCGUUGACGCUUUUACUCAGACGGGCAGAAAGCACGGAGUCGUUUCCUGAAGGCAAAACCAAAAAAAAAAAAAAACCGACGAUGAAAAACAAAAAACCAACAAAGCGCUUCUACAGUUACUGUGGCCUGUUACUGAUGACUUAUGGAUGAAUGGUGAUAGUUUUCAACUGGAAACGUUUGUGUUGACUUUAUUUAAAUGAGGUACUUCUACGGCAACUUGUUGGUGAGGAUGGUGAAACAACAAUUAACGUGUUCGGAUGCCUUGCGAAAAAGGGGAAAAAAGUGAAAAAAGGUUUCCAACUUGUCCUUGAAUCUUUUGAAUUUUCUUGACUCAAAUAUUUUAGAAAUGGAAAACUGGAUACGGUGUUGAAAGCAGCCAAGAUGAGUUAAUUGAAGAGCAUAUACAGAAGCAAAAGAAACAUACAAUUCACAUAAUUUGUAGUUAUUUUGUGUCUUUUACGUGAAUGUUUGAAAAAUGAAUUGCUGAUGGGAGUCAACAAAUGGUUGGAUGUCGUUAAAGGACGUGCGACCUUUACUCGUUUGAUUAUCAUCUUAAAAGUGCCAGAGAAUGUAAUGUGCAUUGAUGGAAUUUUAUACAUCACUGUGCAUGGAUAUAAAAUUUUAAUUUUGCUCAUUCAUA